UGUGUGUGGUGCUGAUGCUGCGCUGCCCGGGAGGCUGCGAGCAUCCUCCAGCAUCCUUCCGCGAGAGGACCGUCACCAAGAACUGGUCUCGACGUUCGCAAGAGCAAAAGAUUGGGAAACCCAGGAUGUUUCCACCGCUUCUUUAAUAGAUCGCUUCUGUUUUUAAAACAUUUUUUUUUAGCCUAGUCUGAAGCGGUAUUUCGACGCUGGUAUUCUCUCCGCGCCUCAUCCUGCAUCCUUUAUGCACAGCACGCUGCUCCGGUCUCCCGUGACAAAAUACACGUCCGUAUCCGAGCAGCAUGUCUCUCUCCGGUCUUGUUCACUGAGAGGUAUGGAAGCCAAACAACACGCCAUAAAAAGCCUAAAAAGCUACCCUGAGAUCGGCGGCCGGAGCCUGGCAGCCGCUGCCGGAGCAGGAGGAGGAGGAGGAGGAGGAGGAGCAGGGGACGGUGGGCAUCGUGCCGGCUCCGCUGAAAUGGAGAUGGAGGUGAAGAUCCAGAAAGCCAUCGACUUCAAGGCGGAGGGUCAUCGCUGCUACAAGGACAAGAAAUUCCGGGAGGCGAUUGGCAAGUAUCACCGGGCGCUGCUGCAACUCAAAGGGAUGCAUGUGGUGGACGGGACGACGGGCUCCGAGGUCAACCUGCUCACUCAAGCCGCGGCCAAGCUGACCGAGGAGCAGCGGAGAGCCGUGGAGAGCACCGAGAUCGAGUGCUACGACAGCCUGACUGCUUGUCUGCUACAAUCCGAGUUGGUAAAUUACGAAAGAGUGAAAGAGUACUGCCUGAAGGUGCUGAGCCACCAGAGAGACCACUUCAAGGCCAUGUACCGAGCCGGCAUCGCCUUCUAUCACCUGGGUGACUACGAAUGUGCCCUACGCUACCUGCGUGACGCCAAGAACCGCGAACCCACAGACACCAACGUGCUCCGAUACAUCCAACUGACAGAGAUGAAAAUGAGCAAGAGUGGACAGCGGGAACGAGAGAGCGGCAAGGAGACCCAGGGCUAAUCUGCUACCCUUACAACGUCCUGACCCCCUCCCACCUUUGACCCCUCAAGCAGUCCUACUCUGAUCCUUCCUCCCUCGGCCUCCUCUCCUCCCUCUGUUGAGUCCUGACAGCAGCACAGACAGAAGAGACCUAAUCACCCACCUGGUGACACAGAAAGGGGACACAUAUCAAGCGCUGCCUGCUACUUCUCUUUUUCCUCCUCUCCCCUUUCUCCCUCAGGUGCUGUGGUUCCUCUCCCUAGAUGCAAUCGGCAAAGUUAACACGAAGAAAAUCAACAAAAACAAAGGCAAAGCUGUAUUAUACUCAUAGAAACCGUCAUUGUGGUGGAUUGAAAAAGGAGCUUCAAAACAUCCAUGUGAACAAUGGACAUUUGCGUGAUUUAGUAAAUGUUUUAAGCGCAUAAAAUGCUUCUUUUUUUAAUUUCAGCUUUCUUGCUCUCCGUUUUCUCCUUGCCUACUUUCUCUCCGUCUGAGAAUUUGGGGGUUGGGAAGCUCUGCCACACCGGCAGGAGGGCAGGGGUGUGUGUGCGUACACGCAGGCAGUGUGAAACAUAAAGCAGGGGACGUUGAGGAGGGUGGGUGAGACACAUAUCAAGACCACAGCCCAAUUUGAUUGUACAUCCUAACCCUACAAGGCUCACUCAGCCCUUUACCCAGUCUAUGGGUCAGGCUAACAGGAGAAACCUUAUCACGCAAAGAAAAACCCUGCCUUUGGGCUUAAUCUAUCACUUUUCUGUCAAACCUCUCUGCCCUGGAUGCCAUGCUUCUCAGUUUCUUGACUGUUCUUUCAAAUCAAGGGCUAAUUCAAGUGUUUGUAAUCCUUUGUUAGGGUCUUUAUUUUACCGUCAUGCUUUUAACUAUAAAGUUAAAAGUUAAAAGCAAGUGUACGUGCAGCAAAGGAACAAAAUUCCCAAGCAGUUCUUGCUGUCAUCAGGUGUGCUAUUGUGUACAUUUGUGUGUCUUGAAUCUGUUGUCUGAAACCCCUCCUGGGACGUGUAUUGUGUUAACGUACUUCUCGAGGCCCCUCCCUCCCUCAACCCCCCCUGAGUUCUCCCAUAAAUGAUGUCACAAUGGAAAAUAGCCAACGAGAAGGGCGUUCCAUCAACCACCAUUGGCAAGAUGGAGAUCCUCUCAAAACUUUCACUGCAAGAAACGAUUUUUCUUAAUAGCAGACUCACCUUUUACCACUUCCCAGACACUGAUAAGGCACCAAGGAGUCUGUGGACAGCAUUAGUGCAGGGAAACGAAUACACACACACACACACACACACACACACACACACACACACACACACACACACACACACACACACACACACACACACACACACACACACACACACACACACACAAACACACACACAUACAUCUGUCCUAAUGGUCCAAACCACAGUACUGGACCCCCAGCUUUAGUCUGCCUCAUCAAGAGUCAGCCACUUAAUAUUUCUCUUGCUUACAGUUUACUGUAUGUUGAUAAAACAUCCUGUUUGACAAAUCUCAAAGGAUCAUUCCCAACACAUAGUUAUGGACACACAUUAGCACUGGAUAGUACUUAUGACAUGGUUCGUGCAUAUCUGUUACCAGCUGUCAAACGCUGCCACUGCUUCUCUUCUGACUUAUGAAGCUGAAUCAAUGAUAAUGCAAACUUUGCUUUUCUAAUAGCUUUACUACGGGCUUAAAUCUGCCUGCCCUGUUCUGCUGAAGGUUGGAUUGAUAACUUGUGAGAGCAUGACCUGAAUUUCCUCCGUCUCUGAUGCCAUGAAACCCAGUUUCUUACUCCUCCUGGGCAAGUCCACCUCCUGCAUGUAACAAGCUCCAGAGAGUUAUUUUGAAUAUUUGGAAUAGGGAUUAUAUUUGCUUUGUUGCUUUCUGUUAUGGCAUGCUGCCACUAAAAUGUUUGCUCAUACCUCUAUUUUCGCUAUUCAGUCCUUUCAAAACUCAGAGGGUAAUGACAGGCUGCGAUCACAGCAGUAGAAAACGAUCAAUCAAAUAUUUCCAGGGAAAAAAGGUGCUCUUUCAUAAGUUAGGGUCACUUCCUGCCUUGGCUAAGAUAAAACAUAAUUCCACUGCGUGAGAAAUUCAAACAGAGUCAGAGGUGGAAAUCUAAUCAAAAAAGAUGCUGUCAAAGAUUUCCCCUUCCAAUUUAUUAUAUUGACCUGUUCUGAGAUAGACGGGAACCUAAGUGUGUCACUGGCACUCUGGAGAGAUGGCACGAUGGGUUGAGGAGACCAGCAUGAUACAGAGAGGCUCCAGUGGAGGGAGAAGUAGGACAUCAUCAGCCCUAAUGACGCUACUGAAGCUCCACUGCACGAGAAGAGAUGCAGGAAGAGUAAAUUUAUCAUCAGGCUGGAAGUAUGUGAAUAUGUGAGCUUGCACUUGUAACCAAGUACAGUUGAUGCUGGGCUAAUCAAACCCAGUUCAGGUGCUGGAUUAUAUAUUUUAUGUAUUUCUGGUUUAGUAUCAAGAGUUUCCCUUUUCUGGCACAUAUUGGUCUAACCCAAACCAUGAAAAAGAAAAUCAUAAAGCACACAAGUGGUCUGGGAGUAGAUAAACACGUUGCCUCAGGCUGCAAAAGCAAACAGCCACUCGCAUAACAAGCUUAACAUUGGUUUUGAUUGACAUGGGGCCUUAAAGUGGCAUUAUGGAAACAGGCUUUAUUAAAUAAAAGCUGCUUGAAUAACUAUGAUCGACCAAAUGAUUUAAAAGGAUGAUAAUUGCAUUUCACGAUGAGCCAAGUUUUUAGACAUUUAUACUGGCCCACUUACAAAGAAAAAAAAGUUGGGACCUUUUUAAAGUGUAGAUAAACACUGACGCACUGAUUUGCAAACCAUUUGAGCCCUAUGUAAAUGAAACCCCUCCACAGUUCAUGUUGAAGUCCUGAUCCUGCAGUCUUUACUACAGGUCCCCACCUUUGUAUAUGUGCAGAAAGUCGUAUUUGGUGUCAUCUUGCUGGAAUACUGAAAAACCCUGCUCAUAAAAUGAUGUCAUUUGGUUGAAGCUCUUAAUAUUACUCAGCAUGAAUAAUGUACAGAGGUUUCUUUAGACCGUCUGAUGUUUAACAGACCACAGAUAACAAAUUAGAAAAACAUUUAUAUUAUUUAUUUUUGUUAAUGCUGAAAUAUUUUACUGACAUGUUAACCCUUUAUAGGGCAGUCAAUAAAAUACUUGACAUUUUAAAACUUUGAUAACUCUAGAGGGUUAUCAAAGGACCUUUUUUUUUAACUUUUCAUAGGCUGAGUCUACUGAAAUUACCAAAUAUGCUUGCCCUGUAAUGGGUUAAUGAUUAACUUCAAGAAUAUAACUCUCAGUUUCAACAUAUGAAAUAUUUAUUUACACUACUUUGAAUAUAGGGUUUAAAUGGUUUGCAAUGCAUUUGCAUCACUGUAUUUCUUUUUACUUCCAUUUUACACAUACUUUUGGCCCUGUAGUAGCAUUUGUCUUUUCAGUAAAAUAUUUCUCAUGGGCUGUGUCAAAGAAGAGAAGUUUUAACUUCUAGAUCCAAAACAAAGACACGUGACCGAGAACAUUAAGUCAAAGACACUAUGUGAAACAUUUGAUUCUGUCAUUGCACCAGACCUGGGGUCAGUCAAGGCAGAGACACUGGAAGCACAAGCCUUCCUGACUCUUGAUGUGCCUCUGAACUCUGUAUUCUCUCUCUGCGUCUGCCAGUUUCCCAAAGGAGAUAAAUCAGCAGCGAGGCGUGGCACCUGCACGCUCAGUCUCCAAAGCUGCCUGGGCUGACUCUCAUUACACACGAGCCCCUUGGGGACAGGUCCCCCCCCUCGAAUGGUCCUCUCUCCAUGGCACCAGUUUGCCAUGUUGUUUUUGUCUGGCUGUGCUAAGUCAUUCUUGCUCAUCGUGUACCAUGAUUGUCUAGGGAUAACUAGUUGCACAUUAAAACAGGUUUGUUUCUCACUGAUCGGAUUUCUUGAAUAAUGCCUAAGGCGACUCUGCGGCCGUUUAUUGUAAGAAUCACCCAACAAGAGGCUGUUUGUGCAAACAGAGACAUCCGUCCUCUUCGUGAGUGUAGCUUUGAAAACAAUUAAAAAGCACAAAAAAAGAAAAGCAAAGCUACUGGCUGUUUUUUUUUUUUUUUUUUUUUUUUUGCUCUUUUACUUUGAUGUCAUAUAAAGUAAAUGUUCGUCAAAUGUCAAAGUAGUUUUUGUGAUUAUAUGAAACAAAUGUACAAAAAUAUGAAAAAUGGGAAGUUUUAUGGUUGUGAAGAGCUUUACUUUAUUGAAUUACAUUAUCAACAGAAAAGAAAAGCAAAAGAUAGAAAAGAGAAUUUUAUUAUAGCUCCUUUACAGGGCUGCUUUGUGACUGUGUGUAUAUUUGUUGGUAUUUCUGUUGACGUCCCUCUAGUCCAGGGAUCCAGAAGUGCUUGAAAAGCUCUUUGACGUCCCGUCUACACAAGGAUUCGACAUAAACACUGAGCUGAUGAGAACUGGUUGGCCCACACGCGUCCAUCGUGUUUCUGUGUUGACAUGAAGGACACGAAGCACAGGGGGACAACAAGGUUAAUACCGCGUUUUUGUCUUGCUUUGCUUUUAGGAGGCCUUAUUCCAUUCAACAUCCGAACAUCCUUCAAGGCCUCUGUCACUGGUUUUACUGAACUGCUAGCCCGGGAAUGCACUAUUGAUUGGUUAAUGAAGAUUACAAAUAAAGU